AUGUCCGACCUUCCACCAAGAGGUCGGGGCGCGAGGCCCCCUGGGGCGGUUCCUAGGAGCCGUCGUGGGGGGGGUUCAGGCUCCGCACCACCAGCCAUCCCACCAUUGGUCGCUGGCUCAUCGUCCUUUGGCAGUGGUGCCUCGCCAAUCUCACCAGACCCUACUUCGACUAGGGCCACAUACUUGACAGUCGUUCCGUCUCAAUCGCGCAACACGUCGCCUCGCCGCAGGUCCCAUUCCACCAUGGGUUCCACCCAUUCAUCCGGAUACGAGUCUGACUCGGGGAUGGCCCACCCCCAGGAGAUCGAGGUCGAGGGCGCUCAGGAAGGCGAAGAGGUCUCGAGGGACCCCUCUGUCGACCUUCUCUUAGGUCAAUAUGCCUUGAAGUUCCGAGAUACCAUCGAGGACCUUCCUGGCGAUCUCGAGGUAUUGACCACCUCCAUUGCGAAGGCCACAGAUUGGGUUCUGCGGGCCGUGCACCAUGAUCUUUCCAUCGAUGGGGGCAAUGCCUUCGUGGCCCAGAUGACAUCCUUCGUGAACGCCGUCAUGGCCACCGACUUUAGUCGCAUUUGUGGACCCGGCGAACUCGACAACUUCUCACUCGCCUCUCUUCUCGAGGCCGAGACAUCUUCCAAGGAUGAGCCGACUAUCCACCCGGCUCCUGUAUUCAGGCCCCCUCCUCCUGUUGCCCGUGGGCUGCUCGAUGAGGGUGUCGUUGACGUAGGGGCUCUGCCCAACGUCCUCAUGCAGGCACUGGACAACCUUAAUUGCCCAGCCUCCCCGUCUCGCAUCCCCGCUUCCAAGAAGCGUAAGGGUGUUGAUCGUCCGGUCCCACCUCCUCCUCCUCAGAAGAGCAAGGUGGCCUACUCUCGCCCUGGGAUCGCACCACAGGCUGCUCCGAUGCCUCCCCCGCCUCCUGCCUUGGGACCGCAACGUCAUGGGCCUUCUCCUCCUCCCGCAUUCCCAAUGGGCCUGAUGAAGACUUCAACUCAUCAGUCCGUUCCUUCCUUUACUUCUGAGGGCCCCACCCAGAAGCAGGUUCUUGUGUCGUUCGGGGGUACCCCUCCUGACCUCACGAAGUUCUUCACCGAGUCGGCUGUCACCUCCAUCGUCCGCGCCUAUGACGGUUUGUCAUUGGUCACCCCCGCUGUUGCCAGCCUGUCCGACCUGGACAUACUGCGCAACUUCAUCCGCGAAAGCCUCCCAAUGGGUACUCCAUUCGAGGGGUUGAAGAUCACCCAGGAGGCGCUUGAAAAGGCCCUCCAUACCUCAGUUCACGCUGAGGUCUUCGCAUAUCUGAGCACCAAGCCUCGGAUCGACCGCAAUUCGGCGCACUCAACAUCGUGCACCGUCUACUGCAACAUUUGGGACUCCCAGCAGGGAACCCACACCAAGAAGGCCCUUGGCCAACCGAUCUUCCUCGCUGGGUGGUCCUGCGCAAUCAGGCCUGCCACAUGA